UGAGCGUGCAGGAGGAGGAUCACAUGAGCGGCCUCCUUUUUUUAGGGGGAUGGGCACAGUGUUCAGAGGCUGGCGUGUGUGUGAGAGAGUGUGUGGCUUUAAGAGUUUACUACUAGCACCAUGGCCUCACACACACACGCUAAAAGUUUGUGCUGCUCGGAGGUGAACCAAAUGGUCUAAUAUGAACACCAAGCUGUGGGAACAGCAACGUACCGGAAGCGAAAUACUCUCAACGGAAGAAAAGGGAAAUGGUCCCAAGUGAAGUGCAGUGAUUGAGGAACGUUGCGUUCACGGACUAUGUGAGGACACCGCUGAGGCGAUAUGAACGCAGACAUUCGGGGUUGCUUCUCGAAUCUUCCUCGCUUGCCUUCGCUUCUGCGUCUUCGGGGAUGUGUGCGAGUUGCAUCCGUGCGGCUUCGGUUCGGUCCGUCCUGACGGUCCGUCUCUGCGCCCUGCUGCUGCUCCUCUGCUCCCUGGGACUUUGCUCCGAGCUGAGAGUUCGGGUCCGGCUCGCCGACGGACUGGUGACCGACGAGGUCUUGGAGGCGGACAGCGAAAGAGACGCGAUAUCUGUGGAGUUCAAGCUGGGAGAUGGGACCCUCGUCACUUUUGUGGCGGACUUCAAACAGGAAGUGAAGAUAUUCCGAUCGCUAAUCCUGGGCGAGCUGGAAAGAGGGCAGAACCAGUACCAGGCCCUGUGCUUCAUCUCUCGCCUCAACCGCAAUGAGAUCAUCCCCAGCGAGUCCAUGGCCCGCCUCAGACAGAAAAACCCUCAUGCCAUUCGCUUGGCAGAGGAACGCCGAGGCCUGGAGCAGCUGACCAUGAGCGCCUCGGUCAAUCUGAGUCGAGCCUGGCAGCUGAGCAGCCACAUCCACAACAUGUGCAGCGAGGCCAGAGAGGCCAUCUACACCAGGGAGGCUGAUGUCAAGCACUGGCUGGACAAAGGCGUGGACGGCUCCGUUUUUGAGGUGCUACCUCAUACGACCGAGGCGCCCCACUUCCAGGCCUGUCACGCCACUAAGGACAUGUGGCAGCCGUGUCUUUGCACAUACAGCCUACGUCUGGAGUGGUAUCCGUGUCUCCUCAAGUACUGCCGCAACCGGGACAAUACGGGCAAAGGGUCCACCUACAAGUGCGGCAUCAAAAGCUGCAGCAAGGGCUACCACUUCACGUACUACGUCCCCCAAAAACAGCUUUGCUUAUGGGACGAGGAGACCUAGUGCUGGGCCUCAUUUUGUUUGUUUAGAGCAGACGAGUUGACACUGGGGAAGAAAUGAGACAAUAACAUCACUGUGAUUUAAAGUGAAGUGGCCUUUACAUCUGAAGAGGAUGGUAUUUGUCACUAGUGACAAAAAACGCCAGCUAAGGAACCUCAUCAACAAGCUCACAGACACGGACAAUGCUUUGCAAUGCUGGAUUUAUUUAUUUUGCUCGACUACGGACUGUUUAAAAAAAUAUUUUUCUUAUGUAUAUCCUUUUUUUGCAUGGAAGCAUGCUGUUGAUAAACCACAGCUCCUCAAACAAUAGGAUUCCACAACUGUGUCUCAACUGUAUUGUUUUUUGUUUGUUGUUCUUUUUUUUUUUUUAAAUCAAGGCUCAUUUCCAGCACUCACAUGCUCAGCCUGAUUGCGUCAAAUAAACCCAAAGUCAAAGCAAAGGCUGUCAGGAAGUUUAAACAGAUGCUAUUCAGACACUGGACGGUGAUGGCACUCACUUUUAACCGCUAUACUGCCAUCUGGUGGUCCAUUUUUAACAUUUCUUUGCUGCUUUGUAAAAAGUGAACUGUUCUUUAAUUUAUGCAGCUCAAACCCAUGAUCCUAAUAUACAUUAUUUAAGGUGCACUUCUUGAACAUGCGGGACCAAAUAGAGCAGUGUUUACCGUACCAACUAUGGCCUUCCCCCCCCUUCGUUGAGCAAGUGCCUUCAUAUUUUCCCCACCCCAUGAAAGAGUUUUUACUAUAAUGUAUGGAUUUUCUACGUAAGGAGGAAAUGAAGCAGUGUGCCAUUCAAGAGUCGUCUCAAUAAAGUGUUUAAUUUGCA